AUGAUCACUCGCCUUGAUGGCGUGACCUGCGGGAUCUGCUUCGAGUCCCUCUUCUGCGCGAGGGAUGACCUGGAUGAAUUGUACCCCGUUGCCGCUGGAGACUGCGGUCAUGUCUUCCACGAGCACUGUCUCCGAUUGAGCUUCGACUCGGAUACCAAGCGGCACAUCGAGCAUCUACGGGAAUAUCGCGGCGUAUCCCUCUCCCCCUCGGAAAUUGAAGACGCUCCCGCUCGGUGUCCAAGCUGUCGCGCCGAAUGCUUUGUCGAUGACGACACGGGCGAGCUGGACCUCCAUCGUCUCUACUUCAACAUCGAAGAGAGCGGGGGUGGCGGGUCGAGCCAGGCGGGCAGUAGUCCACUGCGACCAAAAGGAGACGGGGUGGCAUUUAGUCUGGCGAGGCGCGCAAAGGGGCUGGGGGAGGAGGUGAAGGACAUGAAUGAAGAUGGGGAGACGAACGAGGAGGACAUGGCGGCUUUGAUGAGGAGGGCGGAGGGGUUGCAGAAGGAUCUGGUCAGCCAGAGGGCCGUCGAGGGGAUGAAGACAUACGUCGGAGGUCUCACAGUAGCCAUCAACAAUCUCCGCGCGACUAUUGAGACCCAUCCGGCUAUCCCCACACUCCGCGCCCGGGCUGUUGCAGCCGAAGACGCGACCGCCGAAAUCCGGCGGGAGAACAAACGCCUGAUCGAGGUCCAUAUGCCUCAGGAGAUCCAGCGCCAGACGCAGCUCGAGCAAUUGAAGUGCAAGCGGGAGGUGUCGAAAGCAAAGCAGGAGACGGAGGCGGUCAAGCGGGAGCUGGAGAAGGAGGCGGUGCUGAGACGGACGGCGAGGAAGGAGGCGGAGGAGAAGUUCAAGGCGGAGGAAAAGAAGGCGGCGGAUGCGGUGAGGUUGGCAAACAAAGCCAAGGACGAGCUGAAGGCGCUGAAUGUCACGUUGAACGAGCGGACCCGCUCGCUGAGGACGUACCAAGCCAAGGCCGAGUCGAAGAAGGCGCUCAAAGCUCAAGUCGAAGAGCUCGAGGAGGAGAACACCCGUCUUCGAGCUCAGCUCGAGACUGCUUCGGCGCAGCGGCAGGCCCGGCCGCCCAGAGGAAGGUCGCCCUCGCUCGAGCUGGAGGACGACGAUAUGGUGGGCAGCCAUCACGGCGACGCCGACUCCGUGUCGAGCUUCGGAGACGAUCUUGCCCCCGGCUUCAAGCGUCUCAAGGCGGUCCGACGCCAGUCUACGCAAUACGACGACUCCCUGGAGAUCCUAGACCCCUCAUUCGCCGACAUAUCCCCUCCGUCGCACAGCGGUCCCAGUCGCCCAGCACGCGCGCAUCCCACCGCUCGCACACUCGCCACCACCCUCUUCGACGAUGAUCCCGUCCGCCCUCCCAAGCGCAAACAGCAAUCCAAAUACUUUGCCCAAAGCCCUUCGAGCAAGGUACAAGCGGUCGAUUGCGGAAGCGACGACGACCCAGAGCCGGGCUUUAUCAUCGACUCGCUCAAGCGCGGUCGGUCCAAUGCCAAUCCCUUCUCGUCCAAUCGCGCCGAGACGGACCGAAAGAAGACGCUCGCUGGUGGUCGUGCCGCGCCACAGCCAGGUCAGACCAGGGCCAGGGAGGCGAUCACGAUCGGCUCGUCCUCCCCCGAACCUGCUCCCCAGCCACUUCGGUCGGCAAACAUCAAUGGCGCGAGAGGGAAUUAUGGCGCCAAAGAGAAAGGGAAGGUCACUACAGGAGGGACUGGGAAGGCGGGUCUGGCAAAGCAGCCGAGCAUGGUGGAGUUUUUGGGUAUUGCGGACAAGAAUGGGCGGCCGGUCAAGGGUUUGGCGUAUGGUGCGACCGUGAAGAGGAAGGCUUGA